AUGCCCCAACCGCAGGCGCCGCCGCCGCGGCCCGCUGGCCGUCGUGGCAAUAGCGCGGUGGCCGAGUUCACGCCCAAGCGCUGGCAGGUUGAGGACCACUGCGGGAUUUGCAGCUUGGAGUUUUCGCUGUUAAACACUCGACACCAUUGUCGUGCGUGCGGUCUCUCGGUAUGUGGGAAGCACUCGAAGAGCAAGGCGAUUGUACCCACGUCGCUGUCCAAAGUGCCGCAGCGAGUGUGUGACAAGUGUUACCCGCGGUGCCACGCCAUUGCAAUGGGUCUCAUGCCUCCGUCUGUGCGCCGAGACCAGCCAGACGACAAAUUACGUCGCCACGUGUCAGAGGCGCAGAAUGACCAAGGGCCGAAUGGUCCUCGUGCAAAGCAGAACAGGAUAGUGGAAGGAGCUCGACGAGAUAAUAGGACGUGGAACGGAGACGACGACUUUCGUGAACAGCAACAGGUUUUGCAGCAGUAUGGCGACGACCAACGCGCGAGACUUUUAGCGCGUGACCGUCACGGAAAGCAUCCUCGAGCACGAUCUCCGCAAGCUGCGGGGUCUCCGCACGUAAGGGAUCCUCGUGAGGUAGUUUCGAUGCGUGGAAAUCCGACACACGACCGACUUGCGCGUGAUAGAGCUUUACACCCCAGAGACCUCUUUAACGAUAAUGAUCGACGCCGGAAUAAUGGUCCGCGUGAAAACGCGGGACGGAGUGGAGACAUUCGUGGAAGAGAUUUGCGUGAAAGAGACCCGCGUUUGCGAGAACGAGACCCGCGUCUGCAAGAAAGAGAUCCACGUCUGCGAGAAAGAGAUCCACAUGUGCGAGAGAGAGAACCGCGGUUGCAAGAAAGAGAACCACGUUUGCGAGAAAACGAUCUGCGUGAGAGAGAGCCACGUCUGCGAGACAAAGACUUACGCGAGAGAGAUCCGCGUCUGCGAGAAAAAGACUUGCGUGAGAGAGAUCCGCGUCUACGAGAAAAAGACUUGCGCGAGAGAGAUCCGCGUUUGCGAGGAAAAGACUUGCGCGAGAGAGAUCCACGUCUACGAGAAAAAGAUCUGCGCGACAGAGAUCAGCACAAGCAUGAUUCUCGAGACCGCGACCCGCGCAAGGUUGAGCUUCGUAGCAAGGAAUUGCAGGGAAGAGACUUGCGUGAAAGAGAGCGACGUGAAAGAGAUGUACGAGCAAGGGACCCCCGUGAGAGGGAACGCAAGGAUAGGGCGCUGCAUCCACGAGACUUAUUUGAUGACACUCCAAGUAAACGAGGUUCGCGUGAUCAUCAUGUAGGAAAAGAGCGGCGUCGUGUUGUCAACACUUUGCCAAGCGGGAAGCGCAAGCACGAUCCGAAGGAAGUUCCAAUUCCCAAUUUUUUCAAGCAAGCCAGUGGCAAGCACGGCACGCAGAUUUCGUCGUCGGGCCGCACGACGUCGUCAACACUGAGCAAUGUAGGCGCAGGUAUGAGCGCGCACGAAGAUGUUAAUGCACAAGUUCCGGUACCGAAAGCAAAGCCGAAGCGGCCGCCAUCUCGCAAGGAGAAGGAACUACAAAGUGCGUUUGCGGAUUCGACUUUCUCCAUUUUCAGUCUUGCCGGAUCCGAUCACUCCGACGUAGAAUCCGAGGCUCCUGAUCAUGCAGGGAAGAAGGUUGCAGCACGAAAGUUUGGAAAGAGCCGAAGCGACAGCGUUAGCUGGGAGUCAAAGGAGAAGAAGGAGCAUUUGGACUUUAGUGCCUCCUCCAGCAGUUUAAAAGGCUUUGGUGUGUCAGAAAUCACGCAGAAGUAUCUAGCUCCAAAGCCGCCAAAAGCGGUACCGCAUAAAUCGAGCUGGAAGUCGCCGAUUGAGGAGGAUUGCGAAAGCAAAGAAUCGAGUGUAGAACCAAGGAGGCACAAAGAGGAUCCGAGAGGCUACAAAACCGAGAAAAAAGGCAAUGCAUUACCACCGAGACCGCGCAAGCACGGCGAUGGGGCUCGUGGUGAAGCACAUAUUGCAGGUUCGUUACACCAACGUGGCAAACCUGUUGAUGGCAAAAUCUGUAAAAGCAGUGAGAUUUCCAAACGAUCAUCAGCUGAACUGAAUCCCACGCCAAUGCAGACAUUGCCUAGCUCGGAAUGUAGUGAAUUUGAGGCAACGCAGCUUUCGUUGAGCAACGACAAAUGCGCUGAUGGUGACGAGAAGAAUGAUGAGGUGCUUUCAGAGCUGCUCGCCACAUCUGAGGAUGGAAAAGAGGACCUGAUUGCUGAGCUUCGAGCGAAGAAGGCAGUUAUCGCUGGUAUUGACCCUGCCAGUCUGGACGCAAAAGAAAAGGCGCCUACGACUGCCACCUACGAGUUGACUACGAGAGACACGGAGAUUAUGCAGCAGAUUUCAGAGCAGGAAGCAGUGGUUCUUCAGCACCAGAAGGAUCUGCCGGCUUUGCUGGAUAUGUAUGUCGAGGCCACUAGGCGCGCCAAAAAAGCACAGAGGGAAUUGCAGAAGGCAAGAGUGCGCGCGAGUCACUGCAAGAAAGCGCAUGCUGCAGUAGCGCGAGCCAUUCGUUCCGGGAGAUUGUACAUGAAGCAAAAGGAGUACAUGGCAGCUAUCCUAGAGCUCUCGCGUGCCAUUGGAAUCGAGCGCUCGAAUGCGACACUGUGGUUCAUGAUGGCCGAGUGUCGUCUAAUGGUGAGCCAGCCUAUUGCUGCGGAGGAGGCGUGCAUGACAAGUCUGAAUUUACAGCCUACAGGCGCAGCUGUGGCGAUGUUGGGACGUAUCAUGCAUGAACGGGGGCGGCAUGACGAGGCAAUUGAGUGUUAUUUAUCAGCUUUGGGGCGAAAUGAUGAGAGCGAGGACGAAGCAGAGGAGGACGAGUACCAAUGA